AUGGGAACAAACAAUGAUCAAUCUCAUUGUGGCAAAGAACCCAUGAUUGUGAUUUCUUGGAAACCUGCAAAUCCGAAAGGGAGAUUCUAUGGCUGCCAAAACUACGAAGUAAAUCGUGCUUGUCACUAUUUCAAGUGGUAUGACUCCCCAGUGUGCAAUAGAUCAGUGUCAAUAAUACCUAGCUUAUUAAAGGCCAUCAAUCGAUUUUCCAAUAGAGGGAGAAAUGUGCACUGGAAAGCUUUAGAGCUCAAACCCACUUCAUAUUUUCUUGUAAAGAGCCAACCUUUGGUUGCGAUUCACUAUCUUGCUUCACCACUUCAGAGUCCAACAACUGAAAAGCACAAAAAGUUUGAGACUUUUUUGACUAGGGAAGAAUUUUAUAGCAAGAGUUCUGGAAAUAUAGUGCUCAAUCCUCACAUUGUGCAAAAAACUUUGAUAGAUUGCCGUUCGGAUGUAGUUGCUUUAAGCUUUUUCUUGUGGUGUGCUCGCCAGCCAGAUUAUUUCCAUGAUAGGGCCGCCUUUUCUCAUAUGGUGAAUGUAGUUUCUCGGCUUAUUCAAAGAUUCUCCACGCUUGGAGGAAUCCUUGAGGAAUUAGCUCAUGUUGGUUGUGCGACAAAACCUCAGACUUUGCUGCUUUUGUUGAGAAUUUUCUGGUAUGGGAAAAUGUAUGAGCUAGUUUUCGAGGCUUUUGAGGAAAUGCUGCGCCAUGGUUACACCCCAAAUACUUUUGCUCGCAAUAUCGUUGUGGAUGUGCUGUUUAAGAUUGGGAAGGUUGGCGCAGCGCUUAAAGUUUUGGAGGAGACUGAGGUACCAAAUUUUUUGUCAUUUAGUAUUGCCGUAUGUAAUUUGUGCAAGCUCAAUGAUUUGAUUAACAUGCGCAAUGUGCUUAGGAACAUGUUGAGAAAUGGUUAUUCUCUUAAUCCUGAGACUUUUUUGUCUGUGUUGAAUUGUUAUUGCAAAUUGGGUAGACUGGAAGAGGCAUUGCAGCUAUUAAGUCUUAUGAUUACUUUGGGUGUUCCUACCUCUGUGAGUGUGUGGACUGUGUUAAUUGAUGGAUUCUGUAAGCCUGGCCAACUUGAUGUUGCGAGUUUUUUACUGGACAAAAUGGUUCAGAGUGGAUGUUCUCCAAACAUUGUGACAUGCACUUCUUUAAUUAAAGGAUUUCUAGAAGCUAAGAUGCCUAACAAGGCUUUUAAGAUCUUAAGUACCAUGGAGUCCAGGGGAUGUUAUCCUGAUUUGUUUCUUUGCAAUGUAUUAAUAGAUCGUCUAUCUAAGAUGGGAAGAUAUGAUGAAGCACUUGAUUUCUUCUUUAAUCUGCAAAAACAAGGAUUAAUCCCCGAUCCUUACACUAUAUGUUCUAUUUUGUCUGCCAUCUGUUCUUCUCAGGAGUUUCUUCUUCUACCUUUAUUAAUCAGUGGACUGGUCAUAGAACCUGACUUAGUGAUGUGUAACUCCCUUCUAAAUUAUUUCUGCAAGGCCGGUCACCCAACUGGCGCCAUUGAGUUUUACAAUGACAUGAUACACAGGGGUUUUAAGCCAGAUAAAUAUAGUUAUGCUGGAUUACUGAGUGGACUUUGCAGGUCAGGUAGGAUUCACGAGGCAGUUAAUGUGUAUAAUGGUAUUGUUCAAGAACAUCUUGGCCUUGAUGCUCAUCUUCAUACCAUAAUCAUUGAUGGGCUUAUAAAAACUGGCAACUUCCACAGUGCAAUCAAAUUUUUCAGGAAAGCUGGUCUAGAAAAUUUCCCUCUGGAUGUUGUGUCCUAUACUGUAGCCAUCAAUGGACUCCUAAAGGGCGGUCGAGCUGGAGAGGCAUAUAAUUUGUUUUUCCAAAUGAAGGACCUUGGUAUAACUCCUAAUAUAUACACAUAUAAUCUGGUACUCUCUGGUUUCUGCAAGGAUAGAGAUGUCAAAAUGAUUAAAGGAAUUCUUCAAGAAAUGUCUGAUGUGGGGGUGGAGAUAGACAACGGUACAUUAAAUUUGAUGAAAAGUUUCCUCUACAAAUGGCACUGCUACCGUCCAGUAUUUGAGCUUUUUGUGGAGUUGUGGGAUUCUGGAUUGCUGCCAAAGAAAAUGUAUGCUUUAUUGACUGAUGAACUUGGUCGUGGUCUUUUAGCUGAUGAUGCACCUAAAAAGUUCCAGAAGCUGGCAUUGUAGGCUCAGAUGAAUUGUGCGGUUUGGCUGCUUCAGUAGGUUGACAUAAUGCCUGGGAGAGACUUGGCUUUGUAGUUUUCGCUGACUGCAUAAUUUCUUCUCCUCAGACAGCUGUGUCAUUGUGUCAUCCACUACAUCUUAGCUCAGACCAGGGUUAAAGAUUUUAUUGAGAUCUUGCAGUCUGAGGCUUGCAGCUGCAGGUCUUCUGAGGUUUCAAGUGAAUUUCCAAAACUUUCACCGCUAUAAGCUAAGAGGGAGCUGAUUAUAGGCUCAUGAUUCUUUAUGGAAAAGUAGAAUGGAGCUGAGUUCACUGGAAGUUUUUCUACUUUGGCUAUAAAGGAGCUUCAGUAAAAGUAUGUUCAUCCAUAUGAUAGAACCGGUUCACCCAUUAGACUUGCACAAGAUUCAGUCUGAUCAACUUGGUUCGUCUAAAAGCUUACAAUGUAUAUUGGUUGCUGCCUACAGGUGCAGAGUAAUAAAAUUUUAAGGUCUGUGCAGAAGCUCUGCGCAUUGGCAACAAUACUGCAGUUGAACCUUAUUGCAAAAAUAAUGGGAAGAAGACAGAAGAUGAACUAAUCAUUUUACCUUCAAUAUGUGAAUCAUUGCGUGUUCGGGGGUUGCAUUGUUAUUUAGUCCAUAGAUCAAGAGAUGGGCUUGCACAGUUCAUGCAAUAAUCCAGCGUGACAUUGUAUUCCAGUUCUGUUGUAUGACAAUAUGAUACAUUAAUUUCUCUGACAGCCCCAAAGCGGCUUGGUUUCAAGAUGUAAAUACUUUAUUGACUUCCCAAGCACAUGCAGCAGAAGAUGGGAUGGUCAUCUGAAAUCCCAUACGGCAGAAUAGUUUGAUCAAGUGGAGCAUUAUUGUUCAACUGGAUGAACGGUGUCAAUCCUGAAAUGCGAUAUUCUGAGCUUGGAACAGAUGAUGUAUGUUGUUGGCUGGCAUUCUGUCAUGAGAAUUCGUGGUCGGCUCUCCGAAUUCAGUAUGGCGAAAAUGAUAUGUUGGUCCAUCUAUUUGGAAUUCGGCCUUACAACGGAGAGAUGCAAAUAAAUUGAUGUUGUUGGUCAAUCGAAAUACCCAUCUAAUAUUUAUCUAGCUUAUAUG